AGCGCCGCGGCCCGAGUCCCGGCCAGUGCCUCUGCUUCCGGCUCGAGUUCUCUCUUCUCUCACAUACGCUUCGCCAUGUCCGAGACCGCGCCUGCCGCGCCCGCCGCACCGGCCCCCGCCGAGAAGACACCCGUAAAGAAGAAGGCACGGAAGGCCGCAGGUGGCGCGAAGCGCAAGGCGUCCGGACCCCCGGUGUCCGAGCUCAUCACCAAGGCUGUGGCCGCCUCCAAGGAGCGCAGCGGCGUGUCCCUGGCCGCGCUCAAGAAGGCGCUGGCGGCCGCCGGCUACGAUGUGGAGAAGAACAACAGCCGCAUCAAGCUGGGGCUCAAGAGCCUGGUGAGCAAGGGCACCCUGGUGCAGACCAAGGGCACCGGCGCCUCCGGCUCCUUCAAGCUCAACAAGAAGGCGGCUUCCGGCGAGGCCAAGCCCAAAGCCAAGAAGGCAGGCGCGGCCAAGGCUAAGAAGCCCGCGGGCGCAGCCAAGAAGCCCAAGAAGGCUGCGGGAACAGCCACUCCCAAGAAGAGCACCAAGAAGACCCCAAAGAAGGCGAAGAAGCCAGCUGCAGCUGCAGGAACCAAGAAAGCUAAGAGCCCGAAGAAGGCGAAAGCAGCUAAGACCAAGAAGGCGCCCAAGAGCCCUGCCAAGGCGAAAGCGGUGAAGCCUAAGGCGGCCAAGCCAAAACCCGCUAAGCCUAAGGCAGCUAAGCCAAAGAAAACCGCAGCCAAGAAGAAAUAAAUUUUCUUUGGCAGACUGCUUAGAAGCCCAACAACCCAAAGGCUCUUUUCAGAGCCACCCACAAA